AUGGCGGAUGUCAAGCAGUCAUCAGGCUCUCCUGCCCCACGUGAGAAGCUAGAGGCCCAGAUCAAGUCGGCAGAUAUGACGGAAGAUAUGCAGGCGGAAGCAAUUGACGUUGCUCAGGAGGCGAUGGCCAAGUUCACGAUCGAGAAGGAUAUUGCACAGCACAUCAAGAGGACGUUCGAUGAGCGCAAGGGUCCCACAUGGCACUGCAUUGUCGGCCGUAACUUUGGUAGCUUCGUCACUCAUGAAACUAAGCACUUCAUCUACUUCUACCUUGGCCACUGCGCCAUCCUCCUAUUCAAGACCCAAUAA